GUGGCCUAAGCCUUGCUCGUACUGAAGCAUUAAAGGGAGUUGGAGCAAGAAGCAGGCUGUUCGAUAUCUCAAAAUGGCAGCUCGAAAAGCCGGUCAGUUAGCGGUCGACUGGAUAGCACUUUCUACGAAGGUUCCAGUAGCUGCUAGAGCAGAUUUCAAUGGACUAAGAUCUAAAUUUGAAAACCUACGCUCUGGCCUGACCUCCAUCCCUGACAAACCACCAACAAUUGAUUGGGACUUCUUUGCAAAAACUAUUGCCAAACCAGGACUUGUUGAGACUUUCAAAAAGCAGUAUGAGGCCUUGAGUGUUCCAUACCCAAAAGAUACAGAAUCUGUCAAAAUUGAGGCCCACAAAGCUGAAAUGGAGACAGAAAUUAAAAGGGAAGUUACUGAAGCAAAUGAAAGGGUAGCACACCUUCAAGCAGAGCUAAAUAAAUUGAAAGCUGAGAAACCAUUUGAUGAAAUGACGAUUGAUGAUUACUUGGCUGAUAAACCAGAGCUAAAGGCAAAAAUAGAUGAUGAUAUUAAAAACCACAGGUGGUACCUCACUGGCGUUGGAAAGUGACAUUCCCAAUUUUGUUUUAAUUUGAAAGAGCUUUGAAAUCACCCCAAAUGAUUGCUCCUGUUUGUAUUAUCCAACAAAGUAUAGUAAAUGGUUUGAUUUGCAACAAGUUUGAAAGCAAAGAAUGUUAAAUUUGUCCAUUAUUUGAAGAAAAGAAACAGUCAUA